UCUGCUCUUCCUGUCUGUUCCUCCCCAUCCUCCCCGGGCCCGUGGCUUCAGCUCACCGACUACCUGACCCUAGUUGGAGGAAACUCAGCCGCCACCACUUCUCUCCACGGUCCCGGUUCACCUUCUCGGUCCUCUGCUGCUGAGACCAGCCUCCAACAGCAGCCCCUCGGGACAGAGUUGGAUCGCGGUGGAGCCAGUGAGGGGCCUGGGCCGGGCAGAAGACCCCCCGCUCCUUCCGCCGGAACAUCCAUGGAUGCCAAGGGGCAAGCGGCACAAAGUGGUCAAAGAUCCAAAAUUAAGAUAACACCCUUCCACAGCUCGCACAUAGUCAUCAGCGAUGGCGCACUCAGCGGCAAACGAGCAGGAGCAGCUUCUGCGAAACUGAUGGCGUCUCCUGUUGUCCUGAUCCCGGAUACACCUGGGCGUCAGAGUGGACCGGCUGCCAGGGACAGACCUGCUGCUGCUGCUGGGAGCUCAGUCUCUGCAAAGAGCAAGAGCGAAGAAAAAGCCCAUGCAAUUCCUCUUGUUGUCAAGCCUGCGAGCAGGAAGACACCACCUCUCCACACAGAGCUUAGUCGCAGCCACAAAGGCAAAAGCAAAGAGAGGAGAGCUGCCUCCACCUCUGCCAAACGUCCACAAGCUGUGAAGAGAAGGAAGAGGAAGAUGGGAAUGUACAACUUGGUCCCAAAAAAGAAAGCCAAGCCCAUUAAACAGCAGGAGAAGAAAGAGGAGCCAGGAGCUAGUGUGGAGAAGAGCCGAGCUGCAGCACAUGAAAAAGCAAUGACUGCCACAGAGGUCCAUACAGUCGCACAACAAACGGUUGUCAAAAUUGAGUCUCUGCACGAAGCAGACCCAGGAGAAGGCAGCCAUGUCGAGUACACAGAGCUGGCUCUGGACUGUCUAGACCUGAAAGCGCAGGAAGAGCUUCUCUCUCCUCCCCAGUCAGGUGUAGGAGCAGAUUCUGAGGUGGCAGAAACCGACCCGUCUGAAGAGUUACCUCUGUGCUGCUGUCGUAUGGAGACGCCUUACUGUGGACGCAUCCUGGCCACAUUUGAUCAGAGCUGCAUGGCCAUGGAGAGCAUGGAUGGAAUGCUGAGUCGGUGUCCGAGGCGAGUGAUGAAGCAGGAAAUGAUGCGGCCGUCCAACACCGUCCAUCUACUGGUUCUGUGUGAGGACCACAGGGCUGGCAUGGUUAAACACCAGUGCUGCCCCGGCUGUGGACUCUUCUGCAGAGCGGGCACCUUCAUGGAGUGCAGGCCAUAUGGCAGCAUCUCACACCGCUUUCACCGCGACUGUGCCUCCAUCUUGAAGGACUGCAGGUUUUGUCCCCACUGUGGAGAGGAUGCCAGUGGUGCAAAGGAGGUCACGGUGCCAAGGGCUGAUCAGUCGCCCUCUGUACCCAGAUCCAACCCCAGGUUGUCACUACCAGCUGUGCCCACUGUUGCCAACCUGCCUUCAGCACCAACCACACCUGCUGUUCCACAGAUACUCAGAGCCAAGAAGACCAGCGAACCUCAGAGGAGCAGAAAUGAGAGCCCGAGCAGGUUAAAGGGCGAGACUGUCUUUGCUGCACAGAGACCUAAAGAGUCACUAGAGAGCAUCCUCAUAGCACUGGAUGAUGAGAACCUGAAACCAAAGAAAGUGAAGUACCCCACCAGACAGCUGUACAUAUCUGCAAAACAAGGAGAGCUCCAGAAGGUCAUCCAUCUCUUAGUUGCUGGAAAGGACCCCAACUUUUUGAUGGAGGGCCAAAGCAAACGCACUCCACUUCAUGCAGCAGCUGCCGAGGGUCACCAGGAAAUCUGCCACAUGCUCGUUCAGGCUGGGGCCAACCUGGACAUAUUUGAUGAGGAGCAGAGAACACCACUGAUGGUGGCCUGUGAAAGAAACCAUCUGGACACAGUGAAGUAUCUGCUCAGAGCUGGAGCUGCCAUCAGCCACAAGGAUAUCAUGGGUUUCACCUGUCUGCACCUGGCAGCUAAACUGGGACAUUAUGACAUAGUCAAUCAUCUACUCUCCAAGGCAUCCAAAUACAUCAACUGUCAGGAUGACGGGGGAUGGACUCCCAUCACCUGGGCCAUAGAGUACAAGCACAAGGAGUUGGUCCACCUGCUGUUGGCCAGAGGGGCCGAUGUUAACAUGAGAGACAAGGAGCAGAACGUCUGCCUACACUGGGCGGCUCUGUCAGGCUGUGAUGACGUCGCCCAUGCCCUGCUGGAGGCUCAGUGUGACCUCAACGCCAUCAACAUUCAUGGUGAUGCUCCACUACACGUCGCCGCCAGAGAAGACCACAUGGAGUGUGUGAUGUUGUUUCUGUCUCGGGGAGCCGACGUCAGUCUGAGGAAUAAGGAGGGACAGACUGCUCUGGACUGCAGCGUCUAUGGCUCCAAUAUGUGGACAGCCCUCAACACCAACAAGAGGCUCACAGAGGCUCGCAGAGGCAGGGACUGUCGAGGAGAGAGGGUGCUCAGCAGGGACAUUUCUCGGGGGUAUGAAGCAGUUCCUAUCGCCUGUUUUAAUGGUGUCGACAGUGAACCCUGUCCUGAAAACUUUAAAUACAUACCAGACAACUGUGUCACCUCCCCGUUGAACAUAAACAAGGAUAUCACUCACUUACAGCACUGCAGCUGUACAGACAACUGCUCAUCCAGUACCUGCAUGUGUGGUCAGCUCAGUCUGCGAUGUUGGUAUGACAGUGAGGGUCGACUGCCUCUGGACUUCUCUCAGCGGGAGCCCCCAGUGCUGUUUGAGUGUAACCAUGCCUGCUCAUGCUGGAGGACCUGCAGGAACCGAGUGGUCCAGAAUGGACUGAGUUUACCCCUGAGACUCCAAAAGUGUGUUGUGGACUCAACACUUCGCACAGCCCUCCAUCGGCAUAGUGAGCCCGGCUGCAGCUCUUCAAGACACAGAAGAUGGGCUGGGGAGUGAGAGCCAUGCAGGAUAUCCCUCAAGGAACAUUCAUUUGCGAAUACGUCGGAGAGAUCAUCACUGACGCAGAGGCUGACAAAAGGGAGAAUGAUUCUUUCCUCUUCACCCUCGACAAUAAGGUGGGAGAUGUACACUGCAUUGAUUCAAGACUUUUUGGUAACAUCGGCCGCUUCAUCAACCAUC